CUCCACAACAACACGAUCUUCGGCAUAAAUUACAUGCGUGUAAGCGUACACUACAUUUGCGAAAAAUGGCAGCUGACGAAUAGAAAAAAGUGGAUCUUCAGUCGAAAAAAGACGACACUUGUUUCUACAGACAAACUGGGUGAACAGCCUCCACCCUGUUUAUCAUCCUAACUGUUUCAUCAUUGCCAAUCCAUCAUCAUGGGGAAAACACCAAUAAAAGACCAGAAAGACGGCAAAAAAGAGAAACUACCAGGUUCGACCCCUGCAACACCUAAAGAUGCUUUCAGCUGGGAAGAGUACCUGAAAGAAACAUCAUCCACACCUGCUCCAGCCAGCUGCUUCCGUCAGGCUAAAGUCCCCCCCUCCAAUGACUUCAAGGUGGGCAUGAAGCUCGAGGCUCACGACCCUCGCAACUCCACCUCCGUUUGCAUCGCCACGGUGAUGGGGUUAACUGGCGUUCGUCUCCGUCUGCGCCUGGAUGGGAGCGACAACAGCAACGACUUCUGGAGGCUGGUGGACUCCUCUGACAUCCAGCCUAUAGGCACCUGUGAAAAGAACGGAGACAUGCUGCAGCCGCCGCUGGGAUUUCGUAUGAACGCCUCUUCUUGGCCCAUGUUCCUGCUGAGAACGCUGAAUGGAGCAGAGAUGGCCCCGGUAACAGCCUUCAAAAAGGAACCCCCAACACCCCCUCAGAAUAGCUUCAAGCCAGGCAUGAAGCUAGAGGCAGUGGACAAGAAGAAUCCCUACCUCAUCUGCCCGGCCACCAUCGGAGAAGUGAGGGGCGACGAGGUGUUCAUCAUGUUCGACGGCUGGAGGGGGGCCUUCGAUUACUGGUGCAAGUACGACUCCAGGGACAUCUUCCCUGUGGGCUGGUGCUCCCUCACCAAGCACAGCCUCCAACCACCAGGCAACAGUGUUACCCUUCCAAAGAGUCUGCAGAUUCUGCCAUCUUCCCCCUCAAAGCCCAGCAGGCGUUCCAUGCAGUCGCCCUACAGACUCCCUAACCCUCUUCCCGCCCUGCCUGUGAGGAAGGGGGUUAGAGGCCGUCGACCCAAGAGCGAGACGCUGGCUCUGCUCAAGGCUGUGGCAGAGGCUGCAGCGUCCCACAAUGGAGCUGUUCCUGAUAACACACAGCUAGUGCCGCGGGUUCACAAAAAGAGAGGACCCAAACCUGGAAGUAAGAGAAAGCCUAAGAUUCUUCAAAGCCCGACACAUCUACCAAGCUUCCAGGUUCCACAGGAAAAUCCUCCCAGCCACAACUCGGUGGUGUCAACAGUGUGUGUGUACGUGAAUAAGCAUGGGAACUGUGGCCCCCACUUGGACAGGAAGCAGAUGCAGCACUUUCCGGACCACUUUGGCCCCGGGCCAGUGAACGCUGUGCUCCAACAAGUGGUCCAGUCAUGUAUAGACUGUGCCUACCAACCUAAAGUCCUUCUCAGUGUUCUGCAGAGUGAUUCAGGAGGAGGGGAAGCCGUCAGAGUGAGAACAGAUGGUGGUGUUCGUGUGAUCAAACUUCCGUCUGCCUCCAGCGCUUCCUUCGUCUUACGCUUCCUUGAGAGCAUGUGCCGCCAUCUUCAGUGUGACAACCUGUUCAGCAGCCAGCCGUUCAGCCACUAUACAGCCUACGACAGGAACAAGUCUGUGAAAGAAGAGGCACUUGAUGUUCCCUCUCUGAGUCGGGGCAGUAAACGCAGCCUGUCAGGGGUCUCUCCUCCGUACGCCGCCCCUCUCUCUCCUAAACAUCUACGGGCCGAGGCACAUCCGUCUGAAGCAGAGACUCUGCCGCAUGAGGAGAACGGCCUGAUCAAAGAGCAGCGAUACAUGAACUCCGCCUCCAACUCCAUGACCCCUCGGCCCCAAACGGCACGGAGCGUCUCCGAGUACCAUCCCCAGGACCGCAGCCUCUACCAUCACAGCAGCAGCUCAGCCAUUCGGCGCCAAGCGUCCAACCCCGCAGAUCUUCGCGCCACACAGUCUCUAAGACGAGUCGAAGCAGCUAGCUCCACCACCGGUCCUGAAUCUCUGGGCUCUGAUCGAGAGAAUCUGCAGCUACCCAAUAAAAACCCUUCCUCCUGGUCCAUUGAAGAGGUGAUGCAGUUCGUCAGGGAUGCAGACCCCACAGCGUUAGCGCCUCACGCAGAACUAUUCAGAAAACAUGAGAUCGACGGGAAGGCGUUGAUGCUUCUACGGAGCGACAUGAUAAUGAAGUACAUGGGUCUGAAGCUGGGGCCGGCUCUGAAGCUCUGCCAUCACAUAGAGCGGCUGAAACAAGGCAAACUGUGAGAGGAGGCAAAGCCCUCUCUGACCUGUGAGCAAUAAGCCCAGAAAGACUCCUGGGCCACGCAGGGGUUACAUGUUACACUAGACUCCUUCUGGAGGGACAACUUCCACGUUACGACUUCAUCCCGACUGCCGGAGCUGGAAAAAUGUGCUGCGCAUAGCUGACGCGUUACCUCAUCCUCUCAUCGGUGAACAAACGGCUGUCCAAGUCUUACAAACUACGAUGACUUCCAAGAAAUCCCAAAGCAGAGUGAUCCCUGUAGUGUUUACAUCGCAUCACACACGUGCACACGAUUACACGUUGUUAUUUUUUUUAUAUACGGAGAUGACAUGUUUUGAUCCCCAAAGAUGGAGAAUGUUUUUAUUACUUUUGAAUUUCUACCUAACAAGAAAGGAUUCGUAUAUACUGAGAAAAAAAAGCUUUUCAUACUUCAGCAGAGAAUCUACUGCUCUCAUCUUUGAUUUUGUACUUUUCAUUUCCCACUUAUCUGCCUGAACGUAGAGCUGACUGAAGGAUAAGGCUGUCUAGACGGAUUCAUCCACAGACUGUCGGUGUCAUUGCCAGGAAUCGUGUUAUCUAUUUUUUUUUUUAACAGAACUUGACUGUUUUCAUGAUUGUCCUCAAGAAUCAUUAAGUGUGUUUAAAAAAAAAAAGUGUCUUUACAGGUUUGAAGUCUCCUCCUGUGGGUACAGAUGCUCCCAUCAGAAUUCAGUGGCUGGUUUCUGACUGAACAGGCUUUCUGUAAUGCUAAGUUCACACCACACGCGAUUGAAGCAGCAGAAGCAGCGGCUUUACUUGCAAAGUCAAUGGUUGAUGCGCAUCAGAAGGUCCUGCAGCGCGUCAUGAGCUUCUGAGCAUCUGACGAGCUUCACAAACAGCAUCUGCUGCAGUUGGAAAAAUAGAAUUUUUCCUACUCUAUGCGUCACAUCAACCAAUCAGAGAAGCUGAUCUGAGUCUGCAGGGAGACGGACAGCACUGCUGAUGCAGAUCACUAUGAUUACUCCCCUGAAACAGCUUAUUAAUGCCUAAAUUAACCUAAAAUUUUGAAACCUCCCUGCAAAACAUUCGCUUUUAUUAUCCUAGUGCCUGCACUUUGUUCCACGUACAUGAAAACUGCCAACAUCUACUUCAAGCCGCCAAGAACAGGCAACCCAGCCUAAGGCAGCUGCUGCUGGGGAUCCCCAGUGACAGCGGUAUGUGGAAGCCUGCGCAUCUCCGACAGCAAAAUAAUAUUUUAAGGCAGGAUCGUAAUCUCAAACUGAAUGCAGAGACGAUGCUUUUAGGUGGACUUUCUCACUUAAAAACUACUUUUUCCCACUUAUUACAUCAAAUAUAGCAGUGUCUGUAUACAUUUGACUGGAGGCUCUUCAGGAGCAUCAAAGAUGCUCUUUAAAUAAGAUGGGGACAAGCAUAAAAAAUGAAUCAGCAGGCGCUUUUUUGCUGCUGAAAUCGCGUCUGGUGUGAAAGUAUCAUAAGA